AUGGGUGAAGUAGGGCCAACUAUCGCGAAGGAUGUCACUGAAUUGAUUGGUAAAACUCCUUUGGUGUAUCUCAACACUCUUACCAAUGGCUGCCAUGCUCGCGUUGCUGCUAAAUUAGAGAUGAUGGAGCCAUGUUCUAGUGUCAAGGAUAGGAUUGGAUAUAGCAUGAUUGCUGAUGCAGAGGAGAAGGGUCAUAUUGCACCAGGAAAGAGUGUCCUUAUUGAACCUACCAGCGGCAACACUGGUAUCGGCUUAGCGUUCAUGGCAGCUGCUAAAGGAUAUAAGCUUGUACUCACAAUGCCAGCUUCCAUGAGCCUUGAGAGAAGGAUCAUUCUUAAAGCUUUUGGUGCUGAAUUGGUCCUGACUGACCCUGUCUUAGGCAUGAAAGGCGCUGUUCAAAAGGCAGAAGAGUUGGCUUCCAAGACUCCCAAUUCCUACAUUCUUCAGCAGUUUGAGAAUCCUGCUAACCCCAAGAUUCAUUAUGAUACAACUGGGCCUGAGAUCUGGAAAGGUACUGAUGGUAAAAUUGAUGCAUUCGUCUCUGGAAUUGGCACUGGUGGUACAAUUACUGGAGUAGGGAAGUAUCUGAGAGAGCAGAAUCCUGAUAUCAAGCUUUAUGGCGUCGAACCUGUUGAAAGUGCAGUUUUAUCUGGUGGAAAGCCAGGUCCUCACAAGAUACAGGGAAUUGGAGCUGGAUUUAUACCUGGUGUUUUGGAUGUUGAUCUUAUUGAUGAAGUUGUGCAGAUCUCAAGUGAUGAGGCCAUUGAAACCGCAAAGCUUCUUGCAUUGAAGGAGGGGUUGCUGGUUGGAAUAUCAUCUGGAGCUGCUGCUGCUGCUGCUAUUAAGAUUGCACAGAGGCCAGAGAAUGAAGGAAAACUGAUUGUUGUGAUUUUCCCGAGCUUUGGUGAGCGUUACCUGUCCUCCGUGCUCUUCCAGUCUAUAAAGAAAGACGCUGAGAGCAUGAUUUUUGAGCCUUGAAUGUGAUUUCUUUACUUAGCUCCUACAGUUGAGAACCAUUCCAGAUAUACAGUUAUGGCAAAAUCUGCUUGCAUGCUGCUCUGCUUUAUAAUUAUUAGAAGAAUAAUUGCAUGCGAAAUACUCUAUAUGUCUUCAUCUCCUACUUCUAAUGAUGUCUGCAACUUGUUUUUUUUUUAAGUUUGUUUUCAUACUUUUAGACUGUUACUUCUUCUGUUUUGAUUAAGUGGCUAACUUGGUCUACAAGUUAAUGGCCUUGUAGCUCCCUUUGCUUCUCUCUUGAAGUCUGAAGAUAUUAUAUUUGAUGCCUUUUUACACCUACAA